UUUUUGCUAGCGUUCUCUCGGUUGCAAUGUGUUUUCGGUCAAGAUCGAACGUUCUUGUUCUGAUCUAGUUUUCCGUGACUGUGCGCAAUCGCGAUCCGCGCGAUCGACUCAAUUCGAAUGGUUGAAGUAAUUAGCGCUUACGAAAUUGUUUUGCCACCGAACUAUCUCCAUCAGGGGUAGUUUAGCAGCCGGAAAAGCGUGAGCUGUGUAUAUUUGUGUUUUGUUUUCGUGUUUUCGGUGCGUGCUGUUUGGCACUGUGGCUUUCACGUAACGCUCGCCCGUGUGAAAAGUUUAAGUGCAGAUAGUUCCAUUGAAAAACUUCAACCUAACCCAAAGUGACGAGUGGUGGGACAUACACAAUCAGCUCCCUCUCCCUUGGAAUAGCUCUCGAUUAAAAUUAAGUCAACCUUGUCGAUCCAUUUUCCUGCCAUGUGCUCGAUUAAUUAAGUCAAUAAAUUAAAAGUGAAACUCUUGAUUUGAGGCGGUCAUCCGCACACAACACCACGAGGACGCACUGAACUGUUCCGCCAAGACAGGUGAAGCACACACGCUGCCAAAGCUCGCUCCAAGUAGGGAGCAUCGUUGAUGAUCGAUAGCGCGGAAAAUCGAUAGCUAUCGCAUAACACUCAGCUAGUGGCAUAAGAAACUUGAAACGCCGGUGGAAAAACACAGUCAAACUUAAAGCUAACAACUGGGAUUGCUACCAUCGUGGAAGGUGGUCAUCAGUGACAGGUUGGAUUCGGUUGGCGCCAUCCAUCGUUGGAGAAAAAAUUGCCAGCAAUUUCCAAGAAGGAGUCAACAACAUUUGAAACUGGAAACACCGCUCACAUUACCUUCCAUUGUUUAGGUUUUCAACGCGAAAAAAUGGCUUUCUUCAAGAGCAUUUGGAAGAAUAACUCCAAACACAAAAAAUUAUGCGAAGAACUUGCUUUGGCCAAUAACAUCCGGGACUUUUCGGACAACCACGAAGAGCUGGAGGAUGGUUUUGAGGAGGCAAUAACGUACAGCGUCAAAUAUUUGGGAAACACAUCCAUUCCCACACCUCGAUCUGAUAGUUCGACGGCGGAUGCUGUAAAGCGGAUCAUUACGGCUGCUAAGGGAAACAAGAAGCUUCAACGUGUGACCCUUUCCAUUUCACCGAAAGGAAUCGAAAUGCAGGAUCCAGCCACGGGAGAAACACUCCUGCAGGUGUCCAUCUACAACAUUUCCUACUGCUCGGCAGAUGCGGCGCAUGAUCACGUGUUUGCUUUCGUCGGAACUAGCUCCAACCCGGAAACGGAAGUCAAGGAGAUGUGCUUCCGGAAAGAUGCCGUAGAGGUAGACUUUGAGGGUCCUCUGGUGUGUUACGCCUAUCUGUGUCAAAAGCGAAAAAUGGCACAGACGGUGACGCUUACCGUAGCACGAAGCUUCGAGAGAGCAUAUCAGAUCUGGCAAAACAAGCAAUUCCAUGCCGAGCGGAAACGGAAGGAGUUGGAGAAGUUGAAUGCAAGCAAUCGAGCGGGAAACGAUAGCAGUAGCAGUAGUAGUCACUGUCAGUCAAAGUCGAAAGGAACUUCGGAUGAAAGCGAUAACCGAAGUUUACUGAUCGAUUUCAAUUCGGAUUUGACGGCGGAAAUUUGCUCCAAAGAUCAUCGCGAUCUGCUGCAGAAUACUUGGGUAUCAUUUGAAGAUGAUCCAUCACCACAAGAGUUCUUCACAGUGCCAAAUCUAAAUUCUUCCAGUGUAUGGAGUAGAACAGCCAUUUGCUCUAAUUAAAUCAAUUUUUUUUAUCGUCAGACGAUUUUAAUUUUUUUUAACAACAUAAAAACACGCAAAGAAUGCAUAACUUUUAAGUAAAUGUGAUAUAAUUUGAAUUUUUGACAAUAAAGGACAAAA